CUUCCGGUUCCAGCCAUUCGACUUCUAAGAUGGCGGACCGGCGGAGAAGGAGGAGGCGCGCGUCCCAGGACAGCGAGGACGACGACGAGUCUGGUUCGGGUUCCGACAGCGGGAGGUCGGGUUCCCCCGCCACCAAGACCCGAGGACGAGAAGCCGACCCGGUGGAGGUGGUAGCGAGCCGGGUGGAGGCGAAGAGCGACGUGGAGUCCGAAUGUGAGAGUGAAGAUGAGGUUGGAGAAGCUGUCCUCUCUGACUACGACAGUGCAGAUCCAGAAGAAAAUGGCUCUCACUCAGAGGGAGUGGAGGAGGAAGAGGAGGCGGAGCGGUUCAGCGACGAAGAAGCUCCAGCAGCAGCCAGCGAGCCCAAACCCCCCGCCGCUGACGUCCCACCUCAGGGAGAGGAGGAGGAGGAGGAGGAGGAAGUGGUGGCAGAGGUCGGAGAAGAGGAGGCUGAGGGAGAGGGAGGAGGACGGAGUAAAGAGGAGAGCAAAGCAGAGGAGAAAGCAAACCUAGCAGGAGAGAGGCAGAGCGGUGACGGACAGGAGUCAACAGACGACCCCGAGACGAAGGCCGGAGGAAAACCCGGCCAGCAGCUCGAUGAUGACGAGGACCGAAAGAACCCGGCCUACAUCCCCAGGAAGGGUUUGUUCUUCGAGCACGACGUCAGAGGACACACUCAGGAGGAGGAGAGACCCAAAGGGCGAAACAGGAAGCUGUGGAAGGACGAGGGCCGCUGGGAGCACGACAGGUUCAGGGAGGAGGAGCAGGCGCCGAAGAGCCGCGAGGAGCUCAUCGCCAUCUACGGCUACGACAUUCGAAACGGCGGCGGCCCCGGAGACAGAACGUACAGGCAGCGCAGGUCAAGACAAAGUUCGUCUCCCAGCAGAGACAAGCGGUGGAGAGACGGAGGAGGAGAUCGACCGGCCCGAUCCUGGCAGAGCGGCGGAGGAGGAGGAGGUCAGAAUCGAGGGGGUCCUCCUCCACAUUCCUCCAUCCACUCAUCUUCAUCCCCUUCUUCCAUGCCUCCCUCGUCCGCUCCGCGUAGCAGCAACCCUUCCAGGCCGCCUCCCUCCCGUAGCAGAACGUCGCACCACAAUCAAAUGCACCUCCCACCUCAGUCUCAGUACAGGAAUAACGAAACCAACGCUCCCCAGACGCAUCCCAGAGAGCGACAGGGCCCUAAAGCUCCGUCGGACUCUGCGGGAGACAGGGGUGUGGCCAGUAAGGGGGGGCGAGGCGGCGGCGGGGGUAGAGGUGUUUCCACUGUGGUCAUUGAGAACAGUACAAUCAGCCAAGGAAGCGCUGCAGAACAGGACCAGAGCUUCGGCGCCGUGACGACGGCGGCAUCGACACAACCCAGCGGUUACCAGUCUGCGUCGCCGAGGAGGCAGCAGCAGGAACAAGGAGGAGGCGCAGACAGAUCGGUGUCUGGACUGGCCGCUUCCUCCUCCACCUCUGACCCCUCCCUGCAGUCGUCGGUAGCAGCGGCGACCAAUCGGGAAUCGUCUCCUCCCGCCGAGAGGCCGGUGGAGAGGAAAUCUUACUCGCUAGCUCGCAGGACUCGUUCUCGGCCUGCGGACCUGGGCAGCAAACAGGCGUCCAUGGAGGAGUCCGGGGCCGGAGGGAACGCCUCCUCCCCCAGCAGCGUGGGAGGAAAGAGCUGGGCGGCAGCGGCGGGCGACGGGCCGAGCCAGACGGCAGCGGGGGGACUGGGAGACCUGGAGCAGGACGUGGCCAGACUCAAUCUGGCCAGACAGAGCUGGAGUCAGGGCUCUACGUCGUACAUCCGGUCUGAGAUGAGAGGCCUUCCAAACCCAAUGCACAUCCCAGGAGCCCCGCCUCAGUUUUCCGGCAUCGAGGAAAUGGGCGUCAGCUCCAACCGGGUCAAGCGCUACUCCUCCCAACGCCAGAGAGCCGUGCCUGAGCCAGCACCACCCCUUCAUCUGGGAGUGAUGGAGGGACACUACUACGAGCCCAUGCCAUUCCAGGGACCAAUCUAUACUCAUGGAGAAAGCCCCGCCCCCAUACCGCCGCAAGGCAUGCUGGUCCAGCCCGAGAUGCACAUCCCACACCCCGGUCUCCAUCCCCACCAGUCAGGUGCCCCCAUCGCUAACCCCACCCUCUACGGAGGCCCGCCCGUUUCCCUCUCGCCGGGGCAGCCGCAGCAACUGCUGCCGCCUUUCUACCCUCCACCGGGAGUCAUGCCCUUCCCCUACACCACCAUGUACCCGAACCCACAGACCCAGGUGACCUACGGAGGUGUUACGUACUACGACACGAUGCAGCAGCAGGCUCAGCCCAAGCCCUCGCCCCCCCGCCGCACGUCCCAGCCCGUCACCGUCAAGCCCCCCCCUCCGGAGGUGCCCUACGCCUCAGAGUGACCCCGCCCCUCACCUCUCCCCGCCACCCAGUCUCAGCCUCACUCUGAUCUGAAAACUACAGGAGCGGGGUGGGAGGGUCGGUGAGGAGCCGCGGUCCCCAACAGCAACCGUCCGUGCUAACGAGGGAGGGCGGGACGGACAGGUGGACGUGGACACAGACUCUACAGAUGACCCACAGCAUCACUGGUGGAAUAAGACUUCAUUUCUUCCCUUUUUUUGUUUUCGUUUUCAACCCCGUAGCAGCCAGGCGGGUUGUCUGUGUCGUCGUAGUCAGGCUGUUCUGUAACCCUGCAGUCGUCGGUUUGAUCCUGCCAACGUGUCUUUGAGCAACAAAAAAACAAACAAAACUGAACAUGUAAAAAAAAAAAAAAUUACAACCGGUGGGACGGACCACUUUGGUGCAUUUAAAGUCACGAGGAGACGGACGUACGUACGGAGCAGAAGUCAGAGCUGUCGGUGCUUUCAGAGUCCGGUGUUUUUGUUUUUCCCUUUUUCACAGUGAAGCAGUGGGACUGAACCCUGGAGCCGUCAGUUCACAGGCAGUAUGAACGGUUUCAGAUUUCACUGUGCGUCAACUGUUACUUUUGUGUGAACAACAGCGUCGAUGUGUCAUCGUCCAUCCAGCGUUCUCGCCAUCACAGAAAAGUUUACAAGAAAUAAGCUGAAACUAAUUAAAACAGUUAAUGUGCUCUCGGCCUCACGUUCGUUAGCGUCACAGGUUUGAUCGUCGCCGCUCUUUUAUUUUUCCCUUUCCGUCAUUACAAACACAUCCGCUCAGUGUUGAUUAGUUAACUGGAAACUUACACCGCUGCAUGUCCAGGACUCGUCUUUACUCUGAUUCAUUUUAAUCCAUAUAUAAAAGUUAUAGAGAUGGUUUAUAACUCUUUAUAAUGUAGAUACAAGUCACGUUGACACUUGGUGGAUGUAGAUAUUGAAGGUGUGAUGAUAUAAAAUCCAAAUUUCACAUAAAUAAAACAUAAAGGUGACCAUGUUUGAGUUCAGGACUUCCACCCCAGCUGUGGUAUUAUUUCCUUGAAAGAAAUAGUAAAAUAUUUGUGCGCGCUGUACUGAUUCGUCGCCAAGUAUAAGUUCAAGAAGAUACAUUGCAGCCUGCACUUUCCUUUCUUUACUACAACCAUGAGUGACUUUAACAUAUAAAAUGAGCGGCGUGUCCCUUUAAAGGUCCGUUACCAGCCCGUCUGAACGUACGUUUGUUUCCCGAACACCGCUUUUCUUUUUUCUUUCUUUCUUUUUUUUUUGUUUUCCCUGACGAGCAAAUUUAUCGACACACAAGUUGCACAGAAACGCGUUGCCUGUUUGAGAGAAGCGUUAAAUGUUGCUGUACAUAAAAUAUCUAAAUGUGUAUAUAGAAGCCUGAACAGAUAAAAAUAGAGCCGUAAAACAUAUUCUAAUAAAACUACUAGCGCUGCAGAACAGAUUCUGAUUAAACGCAUCGGCAGGGACCUCGAAUGUUAACGGUGGAUGGAUAUAAUUUAGAGAAAUGUAGCGACAACGAAGGAGCUGUGUGGCUUUAGCUUCGAUUUGUUUUGUAUUUUUUUUUUUUCCUCUUUCUGAGACGUCAUUAUGUUUAAUUUUAAUAUAGUUUCUUUUUUUUAUUAUUAUUAUUAGUAGUAGUAGUAAAGGCAGGAACGACGUGAUGUUUCUCUUCUCACGUGUUAAAGGCCCGGAGAGGCUCAGAGGAGGCAGAAACGUUAUCAUUUGUUUGUUCUGCGGGAAUCUCGACAAAAAUACUGUUUGAAUUGAAGGUUUCCAGACAUGUUUGUUCACAGUUGGUUUCUUCUUUCUGUUUUAUGUUGAAGUUUAAGAAUGGAGCACUCAUGGUUUGAAUUAAAGUGUUUCUCCUUCUGUCA